AUGAUUCGACUUUUUUCACGUACAUUUCCAGCAGAAAAAUGGUUUUCUUUGAUAUGUGAUGAGACAUGUAAUGAAUCAACAACUGAACAAUUAUGCAUCAUCAUUAGUUCCGUUGAUUCUAACUACAAAAUUUUUGAAGAUGUUGUAGGGCUAUAUGGAAUAUCUGCACAAAAUGCUCUAACAAUUGUUGAAGCUAUUUGUGAUGUUAUAACUCCAUGUGGCUUAGACAUAAUUAAUGGUCGCGAUCAAAGUUACGAUGAGGCAUCAAACAUGCCUGGAAUAUACGGUGGUGUAUCAUCAAUAAUUUUGAAGCAAUAUUCAAAAGCUAUUUAUAUCUACUGUGUUGCACAUUGUUUAGAUUUAGUCAUACAUGAUUUAACAGAUCAAUGUGCUUCUAUUGGUAACUGCAUACUUUAUGUAAAAGAUAUUAUUGAUUUUAUACGUCGAUCACCGCAACGUCUUAUUAUUUUGAAAGAAAUAUUUUAUCAAAUAUUGUUAUCUUAUACAAAUCUUACGGCAUUAUGUCCAACUAGAAGGACUAUGCACGCUGAAUCAUAUGGUUCGUUAUCAAAAAUCUAUGAACAAGGUCACUUAAUAUUUACAGAUACAGAAAAGCUAUCACGUGCAUUGCAAAGUUCUGACUGUUGUUUACAAGAUGUUUUUUGUGCUGAUGAAGCAAUUAUUCAUCGUUUUCGACGUAUUCAAGUAGUUCAAGAUAGUGAAGGUUUAACAGAAAAACCUAUUCUACCUCGGCUUCGAAGACCACCAUGA